AAAAAUGGAACAGUGCAGAAGCUAAACGAAUUCCCGACUUCAAGAUUGGAUUUUUAUGCUCGGUAAUACAGGGGCACUAAGGAGACGAGUGACAUGAUUUGAUUAACGAUUUGAGAUCAGUCGCGCUGCUGGGUGGAGAACCUAUUAGCGAAUUAAACGAAAUGAAAGUGUCAGUUAAGCCCCCAUGCACAAACGCUCCCAGCUGGACAACGGACCAGCAAGAACCGACUUCAAACUCUCUCCCGCCAGCGUCCUAAUGGGAAAACACCCGAAUUGAGCUGAGGCCGCUGUUACUUCGACCUGAACCCACCCCCAGGUCUCUACAGCAACGCGUUUCCCACUCCUCACCUGCAACUGAAGAAACUAAAGAAGAACACUCAAAUUUAUCGCCCCUCUUCCUGCCACCUACAGCUGUCCCUAAUCUCUUCAGGGUCUAGCCCACGGGUUUAAAUUGGCGGGAGAAUACCAAGCCCAACCCCCUUUACGGCGGCCGGAGGAGGCCAAAAUUGCUUUACAAUCCAAAUAGGAGGUCGCCCCACCCUAAAUUCCACCCAUUCCGAUUUCCAGGCUACGCAAUCUAGGGUGUAUUCUGGGGCCCGCCCUCCUCCCUGGCUUUACACGCCCCCUUCAAAAGAACAACCAAUCACCUCCUCGAAUCGCGUUGCUAUAGAGACUCUUAUCACCACCUUUUUUUUUCCCAGCAAGCCGUGCGACGCACCGGGCCUCAUCCCCUUUGUGCCAUCCGGGUCUCUCGCGCGAGCGAUUUAGUCUGUGGCGAAGCGUCGGGGCGGCCGGUACUGUUGAGAGCGGCAAGUGGAAGCGCCGCCCUAGCGGCUAGAACUCUGGACUAUGGCGGCUAGUGAUACAGAGCGAGAUGGACUAGCCCCAGAAAAGACAUCCCCAGAUAGAGAUAAGAAAAAAGAGCAGUCAGAUAUAUCUAUUUCUCCUAGAGCCUCAAAACAUCAUUAUUCAAGAUCACGAUCAAGGUCAAGAGAAAGAAAACGAAAGUCAGAUAAUGAAGGAAGAAAACACAGGAGCCGGAGCAGAAGCAAAGAGGCAAGAAGACAUGAAUCCAAAGAUAAAUCAUCUAAGAAACACAAGUCUGAGGAACAUAAUGACAAAGAUCAUUCUUCUGAUAAAGGAAGAGAGCGACUAAAUUCAUCUGAAAAUGGAGAGGACAGACAUAAACGCAAAGAAAGAAAGUCAUCAAGAGGCAGAAGUCACUCAAGAUCUAGGUCUCGUGAAAGGCGUCAUCGUAGUAGAAGCAGAGAGCGGAAGAAGUCGCGAUCCAGGAGUAGGGAGCGGAAGAAGUCAAGAUCCAGAAGCAGAGAGAGGAAGAAGUCACGAUCCAGAAGCAGGGAAAGAAAACGUCGGAUCCGAUCUCGUUCCCGCUCAAGAUCAAGACACAGGCAUAGGAGUAGAAGCAGAAGUAGAACAAGGAGUAGAAGUCGAGAUAGAAAGAAGAGAAUUGAAAAACCUAGAAGAUUUAGCAGAAGUUUAAGCCGAACUCCCAGUCCACCUCCCUUCAGAGGCAGAAACACAGCAAUGGAUGCACAAGAAGCUUUAGCUAGGAGGUUGGAAAGAGCAAAGAAAUUACAAGAACAGCGAGAAAAGGAAAUGGUCGAAAAACAAAAACAGCAAGAAAUAGCUGCAGCAGCUGUGAAUCCAAUGAAAUUUGCUGAGCAAGAGAAAAAAAGGAAAAUGCUUUGGCAAGGCAAGAAAGAAGGGGACAAAUCCCAGUCUGCUGAAAUAUGGGAAAAAUUAAAUUUUGGAAACAAGGACCAAAAUGUCAAAUUCAGGAAAUUAAUGGGUAUUAAGAGUGAAGAUGAAGCUGGAUGUAGCUCAGUUGAUGAAGAAAGUUACAAGACUUUGAAGCAACAGGAAGAAGUAUUUAGAAAUUUAGAUGCUCAGUAUGAAAUGGCAAGAUCACAGACCCACACACAAAGAGGAAUGGGAUUGGGUUUCACAUCAUCAAUGCGAGGAAUGGAUGCAGUUUGAAAAAGAUCAGACUUUAAUGUUUGGGACUUUAUGGACUUCUGGUUCUGAUGUCAGGUCCUUGUUCACCAAACAGCUAGCAUUCUAGCUUGCAUGGGUGUUGCAUUGACUUUAAUUUAUUGAAAAAUACGAUUUUUUGUAAAUAUCAGAUCAGUGAUACUGGUGUUAGUGUUGUAAUCAGGUUAAACACACUUCCAUUAAACUUGACAGGACUAUAGAAGGACAAUAUUUUUUAGUUAAUGAAUUCUACUUUUCAAAUAUAUAAAAGCUGCAGGUGGGAUAAAAUCUCAUACAUGGAUAUUUCGUGUCCGCUGUCUUGUGUACUUUUGUACUUAACCUUGUACAGUUAUUUUCAUCUCUUGAAACAUGAAAGAAAUGUUAUGUAGAUGUUCUUUAGAAGAUCUGGCCAUUUGGUACAUAAUCCAGCACAAAUACGCUGGGUGGUGAUGACAAUAAAAAUGGUUUUCUCAACACUGGUGUUAAUUUAAGUUACCUGGAAUUCUUAUUUGAAUUUGUUUCAUAGUUUUUUGUAGCAUUUCGCAAUUGCUAUUACA